UUGUGGUGCUCAUGUGAAUUUCCUUUCUUUUUCGGCUUCAGACCCAUACCUACUUUCACUUAAAGCAUAUUUUUUGUUUUUAGUAUACAUAAGGAAUACUGUAAGUGCAAGUAGGCUAACAGACAAUGAGAAGUGAAAAUAUGCAAGUUGUUGUGAAAAAUACAAUGUCAUCAGGGUUAUAUUUACCGCAGCUAUAUGGCCUUGGGGAAGACUGAGCCAUGAGCUUUAGCAGUCUAUCGGAGCCCCAAAAGAACAGAUUUAAUAAAGAGAGGUACUUUUCAUAUUCUUAGUGUACUGUAGCCUAUUUACCGUAACAGAGAGCCACUCAUUUAAAGCAUUCAUCUUUUUGUAAAACCAGCUGUUGUAUUUGUGUUGUGAAUGUGUGAAUAUACACCUCUUAGAUGUCCACUCUACUGUACAGUUACAUCUUUUAACUACUAGGUUACUUUGAUUUCAAUGUCUCUUGGGACUCUCCUUGUAACUUGUCAGUAGGUUAUAUCAUCAUACAGUAACUUACACUUGGAACAUAAUUGACAUGUUUAGAGACAGAUCUGGAAGUACCCAAUUUACUUACUUAUUUGUCAUCAAUCAGGAUAAAGAAUGAACAGGUCUUAUAGUGGUGGGAAUAAUAGUCCCACCAAUAAUAGUGCCUUUUCAAGGAACUAAAGACUGACCAUCGAAUUUUGUUUAAAUUGUUCUGUAGGCUUACUAUAAAUCAAAUAUAGGCUACAUGCAUUGGUCGCACUAUCCAUGUGGUACAGUUCCCUAAUCGUUAUAGAGUAUGAGUGACGCUGAUGCGUUUCCAGAAGUGGACUAGAAGCAUUACGAGACGCAGUAGAGCGCACCGGCACAGACAAGACCAGACAAGGGAACUAUAGUGUAGCUCUUCCAAAGGUAAGUCUCUCUUUGAAAAUCUCAAUAGGCAUCCUGCAGAUUUCUAUGAAAUGGCAACUUUGCCUUCUCAAUCUUAUGAAUUUAACUCACCAUUUGUUCUCACUGAGCUUUUACUGUAUUUUCUUUCUUCGUCAGUUUCAUGUAUUUGUUUCAGUAAGAACAUAUGUGUCAUUUGAUGGUAAAAAAUAAGAACAAUAAAUCACGAUGGAGUGGAUUCGUCCAAAUGGCAACCUUUCCUUGAUUAUUUGUAUGAUGACUAAAGCUUUUUUUCAGAGAAUGUUUGUGCUAUGGCUUUAUCGUUUUUCUUUUAUAUUCCUUGCGUUUCUUUUAAUAUAUAUAUUUGUAUCUGCUUAGGUUUCUCUGCCAAUAUGUAGGCUAUAACACAUUUUUCCUAUGUGAUUCCAUUUGGAAGGUGUCUUGUGAAAAUGGAGAUUGCGUCACUGAAUGAAACUGCUGUGAACAGCACCAUGGACAGUGCCACUAUGGACAGAGCCAACCGCACCUACAUGCCUUACUACCUGCACUCCACCGGCAUGUCUGUCAUCUAUAUCCUGUGCUAUAUGGCGGUUCUCCUGCUCUGCGUCGGGGGGAACAUGCUGGUCUCCCUGGUGGUCCUCCGGAACCGCAACAUGCGCUCCGUCACCAACCUCUUCAUCCUCAACUUGGCCAUCAGUGACCUGCUCAUUGGAGUGUUCUGCGUUCCAACGACUUUGAUUGACAGCCUAAUAUCAGGAUGGCCGUUUGGCCAGAUUACAUGCACCAUGAGCAACCUGGUCCAGGGGAUGUCAGUGUCAGCAUCAGUCUUCACUCUGGUGGCCAUAGCUGUUGACAGGUUCACAGGUAUUGUGUACCCCUUUAGACACCGAAUGAGGCCUGUGACUGCUCUCGUCACCAUCCUCUUCAUCUGGGUGCUGGCGUUUGCUAUAAUCUGCCCCUCGGCUGCUACCCUGACCAUCAUUCACCUGGAAGACACCUACCUGGUCCAGGACAACCAGACAUACCCUGUCUUCGUCUGCUUUGAGAAAUGGCCCCAGCCUGAGAUGCGUCGUGUCUACACCAUGGUCAUCUUCGUGCACGUGUACCUGGCCCCCCUGGGUGUUAUCAGCAUCAUGUAUGGCUGCAUCGUUGCCAAGCUCUCCGUCAACCUGAGGCAGGUGAGGCUGGCAGAGGUGCGGAGGGCCCAUUCCCAACGCAGGGUUAAAGUGAUCAACAUGCUGAUCAUGGUGGCAGUGCUCUUCAUGGUGUCAUGGCUGCCUCUGUGGACGCUGAUGCUGCUAACUGACUACAGGGAUCUGGACACGCAGCAGAUUGACUUCCUCAGCAGCUACCUAUUCCCUGUGGCCCACUGGCUGGCCUUCUUUAACAGCGGGAUUAACCCCAUCAUCUAUGGAUUCUUCAAUGAGAACUUCCGCAGGGGGUUCCAGGCUGCAGUGGCCUGCAGGGCCUGUUCACAAAAAACAACAACAGGGGUGGUUAAUACACGCUUCAACUUCCCGCCCCCUAACAGAGUAUUUAACGAGAACCCUGAGUCCUCUGGUGGGAGGAAAGGCCACUGCUCUAAGGGCACUCCUAAGAUUAUCCCACAUGGAACCAAUGAAAUCCUCCUGGAUGAUAUUAACAGGAAUGUUGGACUCAACAGGGUGAUUGGAGCCUGGGUGGAGUGAUUCUAAUUAGGGCUGUGACGAUUAUAGAUGAAUUGUUGUGCAAAUGGCCAUGGUUAUUGCAAUAAUUGAGCUUGUACUGUAUCUUUACAAAUGAGCUAUGAGAUACCUAAUGAAUACAACAUAGCUUUGUUGACACACCCCUGUCUCAAAAACAAAUCAUUUUGACUGCUGGGAAUUUUUGGAAAUGAAGCUUCUAUUAACUAUUAACCAUGCUGUUCUGCUUGCAAAAUGAUAACCAACGUUACCCACCCAUGUUGUAGGUGUGGUUCCCUUGCGCACACUGAAUAAAUGUAAUUCAACCACUGAAAACCUUCCCAUUUGCUGGCCAACAGAUUUCGUUCAAUAGGGUUUUCAGUGCAUUUAUCUAAAACACCUCCCUUUGAAUACGGUGUACCUUUAAUUAAAAUGUUCUCGACAAACUCACUAUAAUAUGUAUCAAGUGAAUGGGUUCAGAAUAGGGAUCAAUCGAAGCAACCCAUGGAAAUACACACAUAUUCAUCACCAAUUGGUAGAUUUUAAAAUACUCUGAUUUUAUAGAUUAUUUAGGCUUAGGAAAGUAUUUAUAAAUCAUACAUAAACAGGGUUGGAGAGCCUUCAUACACAAAAUAUAUUGGUGAAUCAAAAUUACAGUGGUUUGAUUUAUCCUGAAAGUUGCCAUAUUCAAUAGAUCAACCCAUUAGAUAUUGGAAGGUGAGAAAGGUGUACAAUAGAAGUUGAACAGUAGUCCAAUAAAUCCACGGUCCAGUCGCCAUGAACGGUUCGCCAGGCUCCAGGUUUAAACUGCUAUGUAUGGUCUGCUUCCCAUAAUGAUUUAAAAAGGCUACGUGUCCCAAAUUAUUGCACAACUUGUAAUACGCUAAUACUGCAUGUCCACUAUUAAUAGCGACCUUCCGAAACAUCCACAUGGACGUGACAGAGGAAAGAAAGGGAGGCCUAGACGAUGUAAUGGAAUGAUGCAAAAUGUAGACUACAAAUUUAAGGAAAUGAACAGUCCCUGCACUAAAGUGACAGUCAUUAUGUACAGUGCCUUCAGAAAGUAUUCAUACCACUUGACGUAUUCCACAUUUUGUGUU